AGGACUCGGUCAGAAUUCACUAUGGCAAUAUCCUGAAGUACAAAACCAAAAUAACGCGGCAGAAAUAAAUGAUUCUCAGUUUCCCAAAUAUGGGUCGCAAGAAAAGGAUACCCAGUUACAAAAGUUGGAUCCACAGAUACAAGUCGACAAUUCCAUCUUUCAGUGCCAGGAUCUUUACUGUCAACAGCCUAGUGCCCAAUUACAAGAGCCAGCCCAAUCCCCGUCUCUGUGGCAAGAUACUAAGUUAUGGAAUCAUAUCACCCACGUAGAAGGGCACAAUUUAGAGUUAACAGAGGUAGCGUCUCAGUUACAUGGGGAAAACUGCCAGUUACAAGAAUGUGCUUCACAGUUAGAAUGGCAGGAUAACCAUUUACAAGAAAAUAUACAAAAAGGACAUGAUUUGCAGUUACAAAACAGCAACUCAGAAUUACAUGAAAAUGAUUCUGCAGUGCUUAAAAACCAGAUACCAAAGGAGAACUUCCUGAUAAAAGUAGAAAUCUUGCAAAUGAAGAGCACCAAUCUGAAGGCAAUAAGCUCAGACUCUGAGCUAAAAAGUGACCAGCUAGAGCUAGAAGGUUCUAACUUGAGGUGCAUUUCCUCAAGAGAACAUGAACUGGCGGACAGUCAGCUUUUGAUAGCACUGGAUGAAAGUCUGCAUGAGCCUGACCAGAACAUAAAGAAAAAGCUUAAUUCACUGCCAAGCACUCACUGUAGUCAAGGAAAACAUGUGACUGGGUCUCCUCCAAUCGUUUGUGCUGUUUUACCAGGGAGUGACACAGGAGGGGAGGAAGACAGAGAAGAAGAUGCUUCACCUGUUGUACAUGGACUGAUCUUGGAGCUGUCAAAUCUCAACCGGCUGAUCAUGACUACACAUAGAGACCUGAGGCAGAGGAAAGGGAAACUCACCUUUGGGAAAGCAACUGUUUCAGGUGGAAAAAGACGCAGGGAGAUGUAACACCUGAGGCAAAGUCGUGGUAUUCCAGCUCAUUUGCUCAUUUUACAUUAUGUUCUAUUCUGAAUUAUAAUACAUGUAUCGUUCAUCUGUCAGUUA